GAAGGGGUGAGGGAGGGAGUGAGAGAGAGAGACAGGCAGGCGGACAGUGUUUAUGUAUGAGUGGGAUGUGUGUAUGUAUGUGUAAGAGGGAGAGAGAGAGAGAGAAGGAGGAUCGGUAGCACACAUACAACUACGAUGCACAGAGAAGAGAAAGAAGAACGGACGGUGGACGUUGUCGGUGGACCAGCCAGCCGGCCGCGCUCGUUCGAGAAGAACCGAGUUAAGCUCCAGACGAAGAGAGGGGGUACAGCUAAGAGAAGAGGCGAAGAGAGGAGGAGAGACAAAGCGAAACGGAGAGAGCGCCGGUGUCGCAUUCUGACCAACAGCGGUGGGGAUACCGUCGAAGUGAGAAAGAGAGAGAUAGUUAGAGGGAGAUCAAAGGGAAGGGGAAAAGAGCGUUUCGGUGGGAAGCGGCUACGGUUCUCGGACGUGUGAGAGGGGAUGAAAAUUAGUUACGGCAUCUACCAAGACCUAAAAGGAACUCCGUACUCCGUGCGGUCAGACCACUUCGUGCGAUGUUACGCGUCGAGGUACCCCCGUGCAUCGUCGUCAUCGUUGUCGUUUUUGUUACCGUCGUUGAUAGUGCCUGUAGUGUUUCACCCUCGUGAACGUACCACAUCCUAUCGUUGUGUUAAAAAAGAAACGUGUGAUUAUUCGUCGACACGCCGUCGACUCGUCGUGAACGACGUGCGAGAUAGUUGUCCGUUACGUGCCUGUCUCGCGUCAUGGCUCGUGGCACUAGUGAGUUACUUCCAGAAGGAACUACAGUGAAUAUGGUGCAUCGCAAACAUCAGCGAUCGCUUCAUCAUCAGCAGCAGCAACAGCAACAGCAACAGCAACAGCAACCGCAGCAAUCGCCGCAACAGAACGUACGGAAGUCCGUAAGCGCGAUGGGCAGCAGGCGCAUAUUCGCGCCGUCCUUCAAGCUCAAGGUCCUCGAUUCUUAUAGAAAUGACAUCGAUUGUCGUGGUAAUCAACGUGCGACAGCUAGAAAGUAUGGAAUACAUCGUCGACAAAUACAAAAAUGGCUGCAGUGCGAGGACAAUCUGAGGAACAGUUGCGCCGAAACAAGUAAUUCGAACUCGAUAGUUUCGACGUCGUCACCGUCGUUAUCCUCCUCUUCUUCCUCGUCGUCGUCGCCGUUGUCAUCGUCAUCGUCAUCGUCGUCGUCAUCAUCAUUAUCGUCAUUAUCGUCAUCGUCGUCGGCGUCAUCAUCGUCGUCAUCGGCAUCGCCAACUUCGACGACAACAGUGAUCUCGAAGCACGAGGUGACGUUGUCGACGUCGGAAGGGGUUACGAUGCCCGGCGUGACUCCAGCGGUGCCGGCGCCGGCCUUGAACCUCGGUCUCGCCAGACUGCACGGCGACGAGUCGGCCGUCCGGCCCGCCCCACCUCCUCUUCCGCCACGUUCUUCUCUGACUCGAGAUUCGCCCUCGUCACCGCGGUACGCGCAUCCAAACUCUGAAAUCGUUUUGCCAGUUACGACGAACACGACGACGAUGACAAUCGUCAGUGGGUACGUUCCACGUGAUCAACAUCAACAUCCACGAUAUCACGUUGAAAUCGAGAACGGAGCAAUGCAGCAAGUUUCCGCUUUGAUCGAACGUGAAAGGAGCUAUUAUGAUUGGAAUAACGCCGAGGAACAACGUAAGCGCGAUCUCGAAAGUACUCAUUACGAUGUCGAUAGCGAGACGAAGAUAUACGAAACGUUGACGACGUGUUUCCGACCGUCUCGUCGAGAUCUCCCAUACCCACCGAUCGAGGUCGGUGCGUUAACGAUUACUACUACUACUACUACUACUAUUACUACUCUUGGUAACGCCGACUCAUCCUCGAUGGACGGAAAUGCUUACGGCAGAGCGUUAACGCCGUCAAUGAUAAAGACAGAACGAGCUAGUCCAGACUCCGUGGCGACGUGCACGCGAAGUCUACCUCUCUCUCCUCAACAGGUUACGCGAGGAAGUGUUAACGAUUGCUACGCUGGAAAUUCCACGUCUGCCAUUCUCUUUAGUGCUCGAGAAUCUUUGAAUUCGGACAAGUGUCCCGAUCCAAUUGGAAGAAAUGUAUCGGCUGUUCUCGAAGAAGAAAAGGACGAAGAGGAGAGACGAAGAAGACUCUUCUGCGGCGUAAGGGUCAAAAAGGAAGAGAUAGACGAAGAGGAAGAAGAAUCAAGAUUGAACGAGGACGAAGAGAUCCGCGAAGAUGGCGUAUCCUCCUGCGUGGAUUCUCAUCCCGCUCGGCGUAGUUCAUUUCACGUCGACUCCAGAAGCCCCGAGGACGAUCAAGAGGGAACCUAUUCCGAGCCUGGAAGUAGCUCGGCAAGAUCCAGCAGCGGAAGUUGCUCGGAUAGUGAGAUGGACAGUCUCGUCGAAUGUUGCCCUUCGAACGAGGCCAGAACUUCCUCGAACGAUCUAGGCCGCAGGAGAUCUUUCUCUUUGCGCUUCAAACUCGACGUACUCGAUGCUUUCCAUCGGGACAUUGGGGUAGCGGGAAAUCAACGUGCCACUGCGAGGAAGUUUGGUAUAAAUCGUCGCCAGGUACAAAAGUGGCUUGGCCAGGAAAGCGAAUUAAGGGGCGAAAUUGCGUUGAGAGGUAAUGCUCGACAACGACUCGGCCCGAGCCAAGAUCAAAUGAUCAUUUCCGUGGACACACCAAUCGAUCUAAGAACUACCAACUACCUCGCUUCGCCUGUCGCCGAGGAGGAAUGCGUCGACGUUGAGUACAUCGAACGAUCUCCACCGCCGCAAGUUCCGCAGAGUCAACAGUUCUAUUGCUGCGAGUUGGCAUCUUCUCCAACGCAACUCUUUUCUUAUUAUAACAAUCGCAUAGCUGAUUUAUCGCCUGAACCCACAUUCGAAUCCUCAAGGAUCUGCGGAUAUCCCUGUUGCGUGGAUACAUCAAAUUCCUCUUGUUAUCAAGAAUUACGCUUCUCCAGAGGAUCCUCCUACGCGGACUCUUUAACCGGACCAUCAUCUUACUGCUACUCAUCUCCAAGCGAAACGUCGACCGAGGAAUCGCCAACGAAACGACGACGAUGUACGGCUACGUUAUCCUGCUGCUACGAUGAGUUUUCUUCCUCGCCGAAGCGACUUCGUCUGGAUGCAGACGAAACACCACCGCAGGAGACGCCACUCUGUCUGGUCAAGCCGAAAAGAUUCCGCGAUGUCUCUCCGUCGCUUGUAGAACCAGUUACGAGUACUGUUCCAACUCCUCCGGCCCCACAACCGCCACCACCGACAUCCAACAGUAAAGAUGCCAUACUCUUCAAGCCUUACUUAGACAAUCCCAUAAGUAAACCUAGUAAGGAGAACGGCGCUUAUCGCGAUCUCUCGCCUCAGAAUCUUCUUAACCACGACAAUAACAACUGCCAGAGUAUAUGCAAUUUGAAUGAGGACCGAGGUGGGCACGAUUACGCUCUCGAACUAAAUCUUAAAGUACCGUUGUCUUGGAGGAAUCAGCCUAGUACAUUGUACACCGACUUCCAACCGAUUAGGAGCGCAUUCGUUAGGUAUCCGGCUAGUUCGCACUACAUCUAGCCCCUUGUAGCUGUUCGCAUCUUUAUCUUCGUUUAUUUUUUUUUUAUUUUUUUCUUUUCUUUUCCCUUUGACGAAUUUUUCCAAUAUAAAUUUUAUCUAUUUACGAAGAAUAGAAGAGGUGUAUGGGACGUGCAACGACUUCGUAAUAAUAGUCAUUAUAGACGCAUAUAUACCAUAAUGCACAUAUAACAGAGGAAAGUUCAAUCUUCGAUAGGGCUAUAAUAUUUUUUCGAUCAAAGAAUAACACGAGGUAAAAAGGGAAAGAGGUCCAUUAAAUAAUGAAGGAUCGAUCCGUACGUGAUCUACGACACGUAGACGACACCGAACGAACGUUCUUAUCUUUUCCGCGGAUCGACGGCCACCUCGUAGUCGCGAUAAGAAUGUAAUCGGCCAUUGGUCGAGAGUAAGGAUCGAGUCUUUUGAGUUCUUCUUCUUAAUAUCUUCCUCUUUCCCUCCACUAUCACCUCCGACUUUUUCAACGCCGAUCAACGCCGGCUAACUUUUCCGAGAUUAAAACCUGGUGAUUAUCAGCUAGGCCGUUUAGAGGUCGAGUACUCAUGCUAUAAUUAUGGAAUUAUGUCAGCUACCCACGUGAUCGUUACAAGAUAAGGAGAAAUUUUGGAGAGGAAAUAUGUGCGAGAAACAGAGAGAGAGAUAGAGAUAGAGAGAUAGAGAUAGAUAGAGACGAUUCUCGGCUUUAGCGAAGAUAUUUUUGUACGAGAGAGUGAAAGGAAAAAACUUAAAAAAAAAAAAAACAAACAAACAAAAAGAAGAAAGGAAUAAAAAGGAAAAAGAAAAUAGAAAGAAUGGUUGACGUGCGAAGAAAAUGGCCGAGAAUUAGGAUUUGUCGCAGCAGCAGUAGCAGCCAUCGCUUCCGUUCGAGAAAGAUCACUCUGCGUGCCUUUCCUUUUCUUUUUUUUUUUUUUAUUCUUUUUCUUUUUCCUUUUCUCUUUUUUAGUUAUCAAUUUAACGAAGAUCACAGAAAACGUUUUUCGAUGUAUAUUGUAUCGCGUGCGGGUGUGUGCGUGUGUAUAUAUGUAAGUUUAAUGCACACACACGUGCGCGAAGAAAAUUAUAUGUACCUAUGUUAUAUGUAUAUUAGAUUGAAGAGGAUAUAUAAACAUAUAUAUUUUAUACUAUGAAUCUGUAAAAAAGGAAGAAACGUAUAUAUAUAUAUAUAUGUAUACAUAGAAGAAAUUUUAUUCAUCGUGCGCGCGCGCUCGUGUCAUUUUCUUUUUCUUUUUUUUCUACUUGGUUUAUAGGUAUCUCGUCGCGAAUUACCUAUAAAAGCAAAAGACAAAACGAGUUAAUCGCAACGAUGAUUUACAUAUGUAAAUAUAUAUAAUAUAAUAUAAAAAAAAAAAACAAAAAUGAAAAAAUCCCAGAAAAAAAUGUAAAAAUCGCGUGCCUUAAAUAGUAGUCAAUCGUUAAGGAAGAAUUAAACUUUGUCGACGUAUAUGUACCUCACAUACGAAAUCGCGCGUAAAACUGAAAAACGCUAUGGAUAAAGAAAGGAGUCGUUUCGAAAUAAGGCGAGACUAUAAAUUAUUAUACGAAAUAUUCCCGAUUUGAUAGUACGACGAGGAAAUCUCUUAUAGAUUUACGUACAGAAAGAAAGUUGAAAAUGUCAACGUUUUCUCGCAUUAGACUUCAUUUCCGAAUAAAUCGAUGCCGAAGAUUCGUCGAGUACGCACGCGUACUCAAUUAUAUUUUUAUGAAUUAGUAAACAACGAUAACAAAAUUAUUGUCAUCCCUAAUAAUUUUUUAAGCUAAUAAAAACAAAUUUUUAUUGGCAGAAAAAGCCAAAUUUAUUUCAUUUUUCAUUUCUCCUUUACUAUCUAAUGUUAAUAAUCCGAAAAUCAAUAUGCAGAUAGAUAAGAAAAUGAUAUCUGUUAAAUGUAUGUAAAUACAAACGAGAUCGUGUAUAAGCAUAAAAAGAUCUUUAACACUCAUUUUCGGAAUUAUGCGGAGUACAAAUAUAAUAUAUUAUAUUGUAUUCGGAAAUGAGUCCUCGUAUGAAAAAAUGUCAUUCUACAUUUUCGAUUUAUUUCUUCAUAUAGAUUCUCUCAUUCUUCAGUUGUAUUAUCAGAUCGAAAAUGUACUAUGCAUAUUUUGUGUGUAUAAUUGCUUAUGUUACACGAUAUAUUAUAUCCGUGUUAUGAUGAGCAAGGAGAACUCUUUGAAAUUUUCUAUGCGAAUAAGCGAACGAUACUAUAAUUAGAAAAGAACUAUUAUCGACAUUAAAGACAAUUGGUAAAGAGUGAGAGAAAUACAGAAGAAGAUACGUCAUUAAGUUAUACAUAUAUACAUAUGUAAGGAAGUCUAUUUAAAACGAUAUUAUGAAGUUAAUUUUUCUUCCUCUCUCUCUCUCUUUUUUUUGUCUUCUUUUUUUGUUAACAACUAUUACAAGUGUCCUUGCAAUACGGAAAUCGAUAGCUCGACGUCUCCACGAUCCAACAAUCAAAUCGAUAAGCAUAUUUUUCUUUUCUUUUCUUUUUUUUUUUUGUUUUCUUUGUUCUUAAUCUUUGCAUGGUUUCGAUCAAAUCUUUAUUGUCAUCGGCCGAAGAAAGUAAUAAAUAUGACUCACGUUUUGAUGCAAUUGAAAAACUUGCGGCUUUUUAAAACAAAUCACUGAACGCACUUGUUUAUCAAUACCUUUGCGAUAUUGUAACUGAGUAGAGAUAACCUUUUUCUUUUUGUAGUACAUAAUUCUCUCCAAUUUAAAAGGUCGAGUUAAUAAAAAUGUCUAGAUAUGUACAUACAUGCAUAUACGAGACUCUGUUAUAUAUCUCUUUUCUUGUCAAUGGAAUUUAAAAUAAAAAAAAAUGAUAAAACAAAAUUUUUGGGAUCAUGAGAAUAUCGUUCGACUAUUCGUCGCGACACGAUGCUAUUAAUAAUAACAACAGCAAUAAUAACAAUAAUAAUAAUAAGAGAAAAGUCUCGCCUUAGCUCUUCUAAAGAAAGAUGAAAAACAAUAUAUAGGUGCCGACGAAGGGCGGCAACGUACAAUAAAGUCUUAGAAUAAUCGUGAGCCAUAAUGAAUUACAUAAUGCCAUAACGUUUUACAUAAUAAAAAAAUAUAUAUAUAUAUAUAUAUAUAAAGUUCAACGAGAUCGAUCGGAAAGGUACGUGUGCCUGCCUGAUAGAACGAACGAAAUAGAUAUAGGAGUUUAAAAAGAAUGAGAGACAGAGAAAGAAAUCCGUUAACUCUCUUACAUAUGUAUAUGUGCGUGUGUGUUUGUGUGUUUCUAGAGCGAAUAUAUGCGUUUAUGCGUCUGAGUGUGUGUCGAGCAGCCCACAAGAGUCUAUUAACGAGGCAUAAAGCGUAUAUAAGCAAUAUUUUUAAGUGCAUAAACGGAGGUUCCGUGGGCGAGCCCCCGCUCUUUAGGGUCGUACGUCGUCGCGAGGAUUCCGCUCCUGUCUUGAACGCACAAAAAAUCGUACGAUUGUAUGCUCGAUCGGUAGCAACGAGUGAGAUAAUAGCGAAAGUAGUAUCUAUUUCUUUUUUUUUUGUCUCUCUUCCCUAUACAUAUAUAUAUAUAAAUGUGUGUAUGUAUAUAUGUAUACGCGCAAUUAAAAUGAACACAAAAUCUAUUUUAAUAAAACGUAAAAAACGUAUCAAUCGUUCAAAAGGGGUGUCUCGAUCAUCAGUGCCUUAUCGCUUUUAACUCGCCUUGAGAAAGAAUCGAACGAAAGUUGCUACAGGAAAUUGUCGGAAUUUACGUAUAUUUAUAAUGUUAUAUAUAUAUAUAUAAUUAUUUCUGUUAGAGGAAAUAAAGCAAAAGUACAUUAGACGGAAAAGUUUCCCCUAUUCCUUUGUCUCGUGUCGUAUUCCACGUAUUUAUGUUCGCUCGAUAAUUUCGAAGAACGUCGAUCGAUCAUGCCACGACGAAGUCCGUCUUCCUGUCUUCGUUUCAUUACUUACUACCCUUACAUAUAGUGUCCUGAUUUUUCCUGACUUCUCUAAUGUGUAAACAAAAGAAAAAGAGAGAAGAAAAUUCGAUUCUUUCGAUGCGAGAAGCGAACGACUCUUUUCAAUGUGUGAUUUAUAAUAUAAUAAUCAAAAACUUAUCGCCUUAUCUUUAUAAAACAAUCGAGACUAUCCAAGACGAGAUAGAGAAAAAUGAAAGUAUGCGAAGCGUUUGAGAAUAUAUAUGUGUAUAUGAGCAAGGAAGAGAGAAAAGAAACAACGAUAAAUUUAUAACGUUUAUGUGUGUGUAUAUAUAUAUGUUUAUAUAUAUAUAUAUUAGGUUACAUUUCUAUCCACGUCCUCGUGAACGCGAUCGUAUCCUUCUCCAUUGGAGGGAUUCGCCCGAAACGACCAUAUCCGUCAUUGUGAUUCAUCGAGAGGAAGAGGAAGAAUGUGAGAGAGGAAGAGAGAGAGAGAGAAAGAGAGAAAUAGAGAAUGAAAGAGAAAAUUACGAUCUUAUUGUCUGUCUGAUCUGGUGCAAGAAAGAAAGCCACUGAUAACGUUUUCCUUCUCUUAGAUUGAAACGUAACGCAAGAUCAUUGUAUUAAAAAUAUUGUAUUAUGUAUAUGUACGUACGUAUGAAUGUAUGUAUGUAUAUAUAUAUAUAUAUAUUAUAUAUUAUAUAGAUACAUACACAUAAACGCGGAAAAUAACGCAUAGAUCUCAUACGAGAUGUUAGAAGGUUUACCGAAUUUAAAAGAAAAUAUAAGAGAUUAUUUUAAAAGAAUCUGUGUUUACCCCAUCAAUUAUUUUACCUUUCCCCUAUAAUCCUAAAACGAUUCGAUACAUGUUGUUUAAAAAACUAAUCUUAACAAUUAACGAGAAAAAAUUUACAAGCGAAUCAAAACGUUCUCUUUUAGUAUAUCUACUUGGAAGAUCUCGAUCAAAGCAAAUUCAUUUCUCCGUUUCAAGAGUCUACGAGGGUUCUUACAAUAAAUCGUUUAGAAUAUAAUUAUACAAGGAGAAAAGAAAGAGGAAAUAAGAGAGAAAAAAAAGUCCAACAAAUUAAUUAUUUUCUAAAUCCUAUUUUCUCUCUUUUUACAUUCCGAAUGAAUACUCGAUCGAAGAGCGAAAUUACUUUCGCUGUUUCGAACAUCUGUCCUAGAAAUGAACCUCAGAACAACAAACAAAACUAUUUCGAAUCUAAUCGCUAAGGAGAUGUACUGAAAGAAUCGGAAAGUAAAGAAAAUUUUUGUCUUUCUCGUUA